CAGGUCAUGGCGUAAUCGUCCCCUCCUGAAACGUGUGUAUUAUUGCACACAGUUUUUCAUCUCUGCUGCAAAACGAAACUGAUACAAAUAAUAAUCUAUAAAUAGAGGAUAAACUAAAUCAACAUGCUGUUUUCAUGGCUUUUAUUGCACUGCAGGUGCAAUAAAAGUGUGAAGUCCAGACCGCAGAGCACUUCUGAUCCACAGAUAGUGGCUCCACUGACUCAGCUUUGACUCAGGACGCAAGCUCUGUCUGACAGACUAUUGUUCAACCACCGGAGUAUGACAGGAAGUAAUUACACACAUCCAGUGCGUUUGGCUUAUUGUGCACAGGAGAAAUUACCCAGGUUCUGGUAGAAGUGGAGCCACUUUAUUUCCUGGACCGUUCAGCGAUGACUUCGUCUGCCCAGCUCUAUCUGGUGGGAUGUCUGACUUUGACUGUGGGGCUGGCUUUGGAUAUGGGGCCAAACCAAAACAUGGAGUUUACAUUUAUGCUACCCACAGGCGGCACAGAGUGUUUUUACCAAACUACCACGACAGGUGACUCCAUGGAGAUAGAAUACCAGGUUAUCGCAGGAUCCGGUCUGGAUGUUGGGUUUGCCUUGAUCUCACCCAGCGGUCAUCGGGUGGUCUCUGAGUUCAGGACAUCUGACGGCAUCCAUAUGUUGGAUUAUACAGAAUUUGGAGAUUACCGGUUAUGCUUCGACAACAGCUUCAGCAAGAUGUCUGAGAAGAUGGUGUUUUUCAAAGUCAUAAUUAACAGCGAAGGCAACACAUCUGGAGGCCAAGAGGAGUGGAUGGACUUCACCGUGACUGAAAGCAUGGAGGACUACAGAAUAGAAGAAAUCAGGAGAACAAUGGACUCAGUGUACCGGCACCUGGAGAAGACCCGUCAGGUCCAGACCGUGCUGCGGGCAUUUGAGGCCAGGGACCGCUACUUGUUAGAGGACAACCUGUGGCGAGUGUCCUUCUGGUCCUGUCUGAACCUGUUGGUGAUGCUCGGUGUGGCCGUCACUCAGACUUACACCCUGAGACGUCUCUUUGAUAACACCAAGCGGGUCUGCACUUGACAGAACCAGCACAAUACUUUUAUCCCUCACAGGAUAAUAUGACAAAGAGAACUUUUUUAAACUUUUUAUUUUGUAAAUCUUGUAUCGAUAUUCCAUUGCAUCAUGCUAUUAAUCUACAGAUCCAUGAUUUAGAGACGCCAAUAAUUUGAGAAAUUCAGUCACCAAAGUGAAACUCGUAUUUUAGGAAGGUCUAUGCUGCAUUUUGAGCAAAUCAUUUCUGUUAAUUUGGUUAGUGUGGCUCACUAACCAAAUUAGUUAGUGAGCCACACUAACUAAUUUGUGGCUCACAAAUUAGUGUGGCUCAGGCUUAACAAAAUACAGAAAUAUCAGCCUAUGUAAGAGUCUGACCGCCUCAUUGAGUUCAGACUCGAUGCUUAGUUGAGGUUCUUUUUCGUGAGUCGCUGCCAUGUUGCAUGGAAGUGAUCAGCCUUUAUUCUCCAAGGAUUUUGUGAGGGGGUUUGUCAGGCCAGCUUCCAAUGGAGCUAAAAUGGUGCCAGUGUUUUUUAUUGUUUUAAUUUUUCAAGGUUUGAUUUUAUUUUUUUUAAUGCCAAAUCUCUUAGCCAUCUUCAUUUUAGAUGGCCCGUUUUAGCUUGCUGACCAAGGAAACAUAGUGAUGACAUAAACGUUAAAGGAGGCCUGAUACUUUAAUCAGGUGCCAAAUAAAAUAAGUAUCUCCCUGGAGGUAGAAGAUGGGGAAAGAAUGAACUGUAAAACGUACUGAUGGAUUACUGUGCGGACAUGAGAAAACUCAGUGGACCAACAGCAGCAGGUGACAUCACUUCCUAAAUCAUCAACAGCUUUGAUUCUCUCAAAUUUUCCUCCGCUGUGGGACUGCAAUUUUCAGAAGAAAUGUGAAAUUAAAUGUGUAUCAUAACAGCCCAGUUGGUUUUCACCUUAAGCCUCUGACAUCAUCACCGGUUCACAAGUAAUAAUAAAAACCAAAAAGCUGAAACUCGUGUCAUAAAUAAGUCAGGGUGGUGAUAUUUGAAGCUUAGAGCUGAUGACUCGGCCUCCCACAAAUUCAUGAAUGUUUCUUUUAACCGCACUUCUUCCUUCCACUCAUUUUUUCCAUUAAUAGGUUUGGAUACAACAACAACCACUUGUGGAGUCAUCAGUCUCUCUGAAAUGAGUGUGCAGGUUACACAAUCGCUUUAAGUCAUAAUAAUCACACUAAAGAGAAAGUAAAACUUAUAAUAAAUUUAUGAAUUUGAAGUGCUGAGAUAAACUGAUGAUCAUAUAUACUUACAGACAAUAAAAUUCAAUCGUAAAAGCCCCAAUGUAUUGAUAUUUGUGAAUAUUGUCAAGUGAAUCUAGAAAGCCAUAAUGUGCACCAAUGUUAUUUUAUUAAAUACAAUUAACAGUCUUACUGAUAUUUCAAACCUUCAGAGAAAUCAUUUCCAAAUAUUACCCUGAUUGGAUCAUAGCUUAGUAAAAAAAAAAAAAAAA